GGUGCUCUUCCGGUCUUCCCAAGCAGCAUGGCGAACUUCGAGCAUGCUGAGGACAACCCAAAACAUGUGAGAAUAUCCGGUGAAAUUCCCGAUGCGUCCGCCCUGAACCAAACGGCCGAAGUGCCCCCUGUACCGGGAAUAGCUGCGGUCGCCGUCCCGCUAUCUAUCCCGUCGUUCGCCGCCGCCUCGGAGCUGUUGUCAGCGCCGUACUCGUGUCUGGUCAUGAACACCCACCGGAGACACAUCGCCCUGCCGCCCGUGUAUCUGAACAAGAAGAAGACAGGGAUAAAGGAGGAGCUGGAGGCCGAGCUGCUCAAGUUUUCUCAAAGAAUGAAUGGUGUCCCCUUAGCCUAUGACAACAUCAGGAUAGUGGGCCAACUUGGAGACAUUUACGAUGACAAUGGCUACAUCCACGUGGACGUAGAAGCCAACUUUAUUGUUUUUCAGCCCCAAAAAGGACAGAAGCUACAGGGUAAGGUGAAUAAAUUAGGAGUAAGCCAUGUGGGCUGCUUGGUGCACGGCUGCUUCAACGCCAGCAUUCCCAGACCGAAUCUUGUUUCUGUGGAAACGUGGAGGGAUGCGGGGCCCAGGAUCGGAGCAGAUGUGGAGUUUCACGUGACUGCACUCGAUGCUAACACUGCCGGGGUGCUGCUGAUCAGAGGACGGCUGGACAGGACCAGGGUGCAGGAGCUGCUGGCUAUGUGUGAGAGCACAGGAUCCAGUGUCCCAACAGAUGAGCAGGAACCGGAAGACCCAGAAGCCACCCAGGAUGCUUCUGAAGACACCCCCAAGAAGAAAAAGAAAAAGAAGAAGGUCAAAGAACAGGAGGCAGAAGAGAUACCAAGCAUACCUGCCUGUCAGCAGGACAGCGGUGUGAUGCCAGAGCCAAAUGGGACAACAGAUGAGGCCAACGGCAACGAAGCCGGUGAGAAAAAGAAGAAGAAAAAGAAGAAGGAAAAACAUGCAAAAGAAGAGGAGGAGAUGGAGCUGUCUCGCAUGGAGCUCCACGGGAGCGACUCCAGUGGUUACAUGAGUGACAAGCCAAACAAGAAAAGGAAACGUGAAUCAGGUAGUGAUGUCACAUCAGCUUUUAGUGAAGAUCCCAAUCCAGUAAAAUCAAAGAAAAAGAGAAAAGGUGAAAUAGAGAAGUUUGCCUAAAAAUUUGCAAAUUUGGAAAUUAAGUAAAUUGUUUGGAAUAAUCGCGGAGAUGCUGAAUGUGUUAAUGAUAGUGAUGGCUUCGGAGGAAUUAUUAAUAUGCCUUAGACAUUAAAGAGCCGGAUUUUUACCCCUGUGCUGGGUCCUUCUCAGCUCCAUGAACAGAAUAUUGGACAUACAGGAGAACAGAGACAUAGGAUGAUAGGAGCAGGCUUCAGAUUUACCUCACCGGAUUGUAGUUCCAGCUCACUGCCACAUGAUGGGGCAAAACUGCUUCUUACAGUCAGCCUGGCAGACAAAAAUCCAGAGGUGAAAACUCCACCAGCACACAGUUUGAUGAUCCUUUGCUAUGCUGCUGUUUUUGUACCUGUUCACCUUUUAAGAGACAAAUGGCUGAGACUGCCAGGCUCAGCUCAAGAUCUCUUGACUUGUGCCUCCAUGUAGUUCUUAAAUGAAUUGUUCUGAUCAUGACUGCUAAGGUUUUACUUCCUUAACCCCACAGUAUUCAGUAAGCAGCCUGGAAAUGCAUCAGGCACAGUGACAGUGACAUCAUGAAUUAUUACUGCUGUGUCAUUCACUCUUUUGUCUUUCAUGGAUUUGUUUUUGACUGAGAGCAGAAAGUCUCUGAAAAUAAAUGAAAAAGAAUCUCA